AGCAAGCGGUCGGCCAUGCCCCGUGAGGCCGGUUCACUCCUCGGCCUAAAAGUGGUAGGAGGGAAGAUGACAGAGACAGGGAGACUUGGGGCCUUCAUCACCAAAGUCAAGAAGGGCAGCCUGGCUGAUGUGGUGGGGCACUUACGAGCAGGUGACGAGGUGCUGCAGUGGAAUGGGAAGUCGUUGCCAGGAGCAACCAAGAAAGAAGUAUACAACAUUAUCCUUGAAUCGAAGGCUGAACCUCAAGUGGAAAUAGUUGUUUCAAGACCUAUAGGAGACAUCCCAAGAAUCCCAGAGUCAUCCCACCCUCCUCUAGAAUCUAGCUCCAGCUCCUUUGAGUCACAAAAGAUGGACCGUCCCUCUAUAUCAGUGAUGUCCCCUACCAGCCCUGGGACUCUCCGAGACCUUCCUUUGGUACUGCCUGGACAGCUCUCUGUGAAGUUGUGGUAUGACAAAGUGGGCCAUCAGUUGAUCGUCAACGUUCUGCAAGCCAUAGACCUGCCACCCCGACCAGACGGACGACCUCGGAAUCCCUAUGUCAAAAUGUACUUUUUACCUGACAGGAGUGAUAAGAGUAAACGGCGGACUAAAACAGUGAAGAAGAGCGCUGAGCCCAAGUGGAACCAGACUUUCCUAUAUUCCCAUGUUCACCGGCGAGACUUCAGAGAACGCAUGCUAGAGAUCACUGUCUGGGACCAGCCAAGAGUGCAGGAGGAGGAGAGUGAAUUCCUGGGCGAGAUCCUGAUAGAGUUGGAGACUGCCUUGCUGGAUGACAUUCCUCACUGGUAUAAGCUCCAGACACAUGACAUGUCCUCUAUUCCUCUGCCCCAGCCCUCUCCGUACCUCCCACGCAGACAUGUCCAUGGAGACAGCCCCAGCAAGAAACUACAGAGGUCUCAUCGCAUCAUUGAUACAGAGUUUGAUGAUGGUUUGAUGGUAGUGACUAAAGGUGCAGAGCGUAACUCCAGGGAGAGAGAGCGGGGCAGUACGCUGGCUGUGCCUGAACAGCAGCGGCCCAUCCAGCACCGCUCCCGGUCGGUGUCUCCUCACAGAGAGGACUCCUGCAGGGCCCGGUCACGGCCCGCACAUGUGCCCAUGCAAAGGAGUUUGGAUGAGAUCCACCAGAACCGCCACCACUCCCACUCCCCCUCCCGCUACCACGACUCCCACUUGGAGCACCAACGUUCCGGUGACUCGGACUAUGAGUACUCUGAGGACAGUGAGGUCCUGGAGAUGCACAGGUCUAUCCGGGGAGGGAGUGCCGAGUGCCUGCACACAAACAGUGACCUGCAGCCGUCGUUGGACAGAGUGAGGAGUGCCAGCACGACUUGUCUGAGACCAGACACCAACUUUCACUCCCCUGACAGAGACAGGUGCUCCAACUCUUUGCCCCGCAAGACUCCCCCAAGUCCCCGGAUCUUAGUAGAACAUGUGUCCCCUGAGGAAGACAGGCAGUGUAGCAAUUCAUCAAGUCCAAACUGUCACAGGGGCAGCAAAAAAAGCCUGGAGGGGGACAGUCGUAUCCAGCCCACCUCUAUCCUGAGGGGCAGUAGGGGGAGAGGGGGCCCGCUGAGGCCCUUUGGCCAGACAGCCCUGGCUGGGUCCUGCCCAAACUCGCCACGGCUAGACAGGUGCAUGCUACUAGCACACCCUCAUGGCAGCCCCUCUCCUCCAACGGGGACUCCCUCAUCAGGUCGCAGGGGCAGGCAGCUGCCGCAGCUCCCUGCAAAGAGCAGCAGCAUAGAGCAAGCUCUUGCAGUAGAGGAGCGAGCCCGACAGCUGCAGAUGAAAGUACAUUCCUAUCGGCCUUCAGCCUCCCACGACCCUGAGACGGACCUCAAGACCAAACGGGAGAUGUACGCAGAACAGAGGCGUAGCAGCGACAACAUGUCGGCCAGAUCAUCAGACAGUGAUAUGAGCGAUGUGUCAGCCCUCUCCCGUGCCAGCAGUGCCUCCCGCCUCAGUAGCACCAGCUACAUGUCUAUCCAAUCAGAACGACCUGGGGGACGACUCAGCCGGCAGAUGCGGUCGUCGAUGGGCCGCAGCAUGCUGAAGAGCUCCAGUGUGAGCGGAGAGAUCUACACCCAGGAGCGCACCGAUGGCAGCCAAUCAGACACGGCGCUGGGCAUGGUGGGUGGUGGCAGCAAGAAGAGACGCUCCAGCCUCAGCGCGCGGGUGGUGGCCAUAGUUGGUAACCGUCGGAGCCGCAGCACUUCACAGAUCAGCGGCCCCGAGGGGAAGAGUAAGAAAGAGAAGGGUGCACCCAUCCAGAGGAGCACAGAGACCGGAAUGGCAGUGGAGCUGACCAGGAACAUGAGCCGCCAGCCCAGCAGAGAGUCCAACAAUGGCAGCAUGAACAGCUAUAACUCUGAGGGAAAUUUGAUCUUCUCUGGCGUGAAUCUGGGUGCCAGCAGUCAGUUCAGUGACUUCCUGGAUGGGUUGGGACCAGCUCAGUUAGUGGGCAGGCAAACACUGGCUACUCCUGCCAUAGGUGACAUCCAGAUUGGUAUGAUGGAGAAAAAGGGUCAGCUGGAGGUGGAAGUUAUCAGAGCUCGAGGACUCGUACAAAAGCCAGGAUCUAAAUCUCUCCCUGCUCCAUAUGUCAAGGUCUAUCUGCUGAAUAAUGGAGCGUACGUAGCCAAAAAGAAAACCAAGAUCGCACGGAAAACACUUGACCCACUGUACCAGCAAGCACUGCUAUUCGAGGAAAGCCCACAGGGUAAAGUCUUACAGGUGAUUGUAUGGGGAGACUAUGGCCGCAUGGACCAUAAAAGCUUCAUGGGAGUUGCACAAAUCCUAUUGGAGGAACUGGACUUAUCAAGCACAGUCAUUGGUUGGUAUAAGUUGUUCCCACCAUCCUCCUUGGUCGAUCCGACACUUGCGUCCCUAACGCGGCGAGCUUCCCAGUCAUCACUCGACAGCUCCUCCGGACCUCCGGGGAUCCGAUCCUAGUGGACCAAAAGCUCUACACAAGUAACAAACUCAUGAAACGUACAGUAGAAGAGAAAAAAAAAAUAUAGCGGAAAUGUAGAAGAACAACAAUCAGAAACAGUCACAACGAGAAAGCUUUGCUGAGAUCUGACAAUCACUCCUGUCGCGGUUAAUUUUGUCUGUUGUAGGGAGCGCCACAUUUCAGUGUUUCAUAUCCAUUCAAUGAAAAAUCUCAUAGUGUUUCUCUGUCUCUGCUGGAGAAGCAUGGCUGUCGACAGACAACAAGCAGUAGCUCUUGAGACGAAAAAGUGUCAGUGUCAGAGAAUCCAAAUGAAGCAGGGUGGUUUUUAUCUGAAUCAACAUUAGCAAAGAAAUGUAUGUAAGCAUCGGAAUGUAUGGACUCAAGACAGAGGUAAUCACCCUCCACACCUGCAGGUGGCGCAGGCCUCUCUGCAGUGGCCUCCUCCAGAACCCCAACAGACUGCUGGCACUCCUGCCCCCAGGCAGGGUGCUCCUACGUGGGUAUUCAGUCUGGAAGCACAGGGCCUUCUUCUGGUGCCUACACCUUGGAGCCACAUCACUGGUCCCUCUCUCUGUCGAAAGAUCCUCUUUUCAAUAUGUUUACCAUGGCUGCUCUGAAGCCACACUGUUUUAGCGUGUUUGCUUUGUCGUUCAUUUCUUUCCCUUUGUUACUACUGGCACAAAAUGUUUUUACAGUGCGUAAAAUGCUCAUGAUAAUGUUGUCAGUCUGGUGUGUGCAUGGAGAGAAAAAACAAAACACAAGAGAUAAAAAAAGUAUAUAAAAACUAUUAAAUGUCUGCAGGUGUUAUGGAGGGGGGGAUGCUGGUGAUGAUGACACAGCUUAGGUUUUUACACAUGACAGUGCGAUUAGCGUGCAAAGUUGAUUUCCUUGUUCCACCUCUGGCA